CGCCGAGCCCCUCCUUCUCCGCGGCUGCCACCCCCUUCCCCGGCGCCGCUGCUUCUCCCCAACUCCUCCCAAACCUCUCCCCCCUUCCUCCCUCCCAUCCCACCCCUUUCCAUCCUCCCUUCCCGACGCCGCCGUUCUCUGGCCUCCCACCUCCCCCUGCCGCUCCUUCUCCUGUCUCCCAUCCCACCUUGGCUUCGAUCUCAAAUCCACCGAAUCCUCCCGCUUCCUCUCCGCCCGAUCCGCCCUAGACCUUCCCCUCCACCAGCUCCUCGCCAUCGCCAACGCCGCCGGUGCCGCCCCCAUUCGCCUCGGCCUCGACAUCGCCGGCGGCACUGGCACUCUCGCAGCGCGCCUCAAGCUCACCCUCAACGCAACUCUCCUCACCACCACCAUGAACCUCGGGGCGCCCUACAGCGAGGCUGCUGCCCUGCGCGGCGUCGUUCCCCUCCACGCGCCACUUCAGCAGCGCCUCCCCGUUCACGACGGCGCCAUGGAUCUGGUGCGCACUGGUCACGCAGUCAACCGAUGGAUCCCGUUGCCGGCGCUCGAGUUCCUCAUGUUUGACGCCGAUAGGGUUCUCAAGGCAGGAGGACUGCUGUGGGUCGACCAUUUCUUCUGCAAGGCGGCUGAUCUCGACACGGUGUACGGACCCCUAAUUGCGAGGUUGGGUUACAAGAGAAUCAAGUGGGCGGUGGGGAACAAGACCGAUUCCGGCGGGACCAAAUACGGCGAGGUUUACCUAACUGCACUAUUGCAGAAGCCCAUUGGGCCGCCGCCUGUGGCGGCGACCAUCGUCAGCGGAAUUGGCAAAGCUUGACUCUUUACAUUCUAUAUGUUAACGUCUUCUGGUUUCUUCAGUGAAGAUCCCUGUAAGUUGAGUUUAGUAUGAUGAUCACAUAUCUGCUUGCGCUUUUCAGCCAUGGAAAACAGUGGGUAAGCUCCAUAGCUCAACAGUGUUGGGCAGAGUAAGCUUCAAAUUCAUCUCGCUUGCGGUGCCCAAACCACUUGAUGAAAUCUGAUCUCAUGGUGUCGGUGCUCUCUGUUUUAUUUUUUUUAAUUUUGGAAUUUGAAUUCUAAGGUUGUGUUACUCAGCAAACUCGCUCUUCAAACUUUUUUUUUUAUUACUUUCUAAUC